AAGGAUUCGCAUACACAUAUCUGAAAUAUUCUACUGAAACGACAAGAGACAGAGUGCACCCAAUUGGAGGCUACAGGAGUUAUUCAAUUAGUCAAGAUGCAGGAACAAGAUAUCCUGGUUGAAAUCCCGAACGAGGAUUUACCCAAUCUACGAGAUUUGUAUUCUAAACAGCUACCUUUUGCAACACACGUGUAUAGUUUCCUGAACACGGCAAUGAAAUGGAUGAAAGUUAGUCCAGAAAAAUCAUAUAUCAAGAUUUUCUCUCCCAAUGGAGAUUGGAGAAGUGAUGGCACAUUCGUUGCUCUAUUGCAGUGGUCAUGUUAUGAUCUCUUUGUUUUUACAUUGGAGGAGACAUGUGAACGCCUCGAGCACGCGCUUAUGACUACGCAAAGAAUAGACUGGUCACAGGUGAUUCUUUUCUACGCCGUGCACCAAAACCACACGGAUACAGUUUAUAAAGUUUUGGAAAAGCUUGAACUAAAAGUGGAGCACAGUACUAAGACAGAUUUUUGGUGGAUGCCCAAAGAACAAGCUUCGCAAUUGACUGUCGCAUGUCCUGAGAACUUUGAGAUUAAAAUACUGAAGCCGGAACACGCCGAAAUUAUAAACGAGAUCUGGCCUCAUAGAUAUCCUGGCUCGGUGAACUAUCUGCGGACGUUCAUUGAAAUGAAUGGUGGCCAUGGUGUUUUCACCAAAACAGAUGGAAAACUUGUCUCUUGGGUUCUUAAAAACCAAAUGGGCACUCUCGGCAUCCUUCAAACAAUAGAUGCGUACAAGCGUAUGGGCUUGGGAAGCGCCGUAACUAAAUCCCUUAGCAGAGAAAUCGCUCUCGAGGGACACAAUCCACUUGGUACGGUCCUUGUCGAAAACACCGCAUCACAGGCAAUGUUCCGAAACAUCGGAUUCUCGCCUAGUGAUUGGUGCCAGUACAUAGUAGUAGAACAUGAUUAAUGUCGUUAUUAUUGUUAUUUUAAUAACAGCUUAAAAUAAUUAAUAAAUAUAUAAUUCGCUAUA